AUGGCCUCACAGUUCUCUCACCCGCCCAUCCAACGUCCGAAACCCCGUCGCCCCUUCGAUGCAAUCCGCGCUGCUGAGCCGCCCUCCCCCCAACUCCAGGCCUCCGGGUCCCCCUCCCGCAAUCAAUCGUUCCUAAACCUGACCAGCUCGACGCUGCUGGGUAUCUACAGCCCGACGGGGUACAACGGCGAGGCUGGGAGUGAGGUCGUGACGCCGUGGGGGACAGGUGCGCAGACGCCGCGGACGCCAGGCCUCUCGUCUGCUUCUCUCUUCUCUCUGCCGUCCAAUCUGAAUACAGACGGAAAGGAAGCUGAGAGUGCGAGUGGGAGUGUACAAUGGCACAGGAGGAAAUCACAACCACAUAUCCCUCCGCCGCGGAAAAGCGCGAUGGUGUUUGCCUUGGCGCUCAGAAGUGUGCUCUUAUUCAGCAUCGGCAUGGGCUACGGCUCACUGGUGAGACAUCUCCACGAUGACCACCAGCUCGCGCCUUUCCAGGUGGAAGGCAUCAUCAAGCUGCAGAAUGACUGGCGGUAUCUGGUGUUCUGGGGAUUUGCGGGCGUGGGCUUGGGAAGCUUGAUGCCGUGGGUGGAUACGCUGUUUCUCGCCCCUGCAUCCGAGGAGAGGGUGGAUCUAGGGAGGAAGGGGAUGGGGACCGAGGUGGAGCACGAGGAGAGGGAGGGAGGCGUGUUCGGGGCGGACUGGACGCCUGUUGUAAGGAGUGUCGGGGCCUUUGUGGGCAUUGCUUACGCGAUUCGCAAACUCCCCUGGUCAUCUCCCCUCCAAGCAUCCCUCACCCUCUUCCUCGUCAACCCCGUCCUCUGGUACCUCCUAGACCGAUCCUACUCCGGCUUCAUCCUCUCCUCCUUCGUUGGCCUCUUUGGCACCACGGCCCUCCUCGUCUCCAACCCAGGCAUGGUGCCUUCUCCCGCGACGACGGUCCUGCCCGGCACGACCAAGCCAUUCGGGAUCCCGGCAUUGAACGCGACGCAUCAGGCGGGCGGCGUCUACCUCGAAGGUGUGCUCGGCGGGCCGGGCCUGAGUCGGGAGACGCUGGAGGCGGGGAUCUGGACCCUAAGCGUGCUGUUCUGCAGCUGUGUUUGUUUUGGGAACGUGGGGAGGAGGUUGGCGUUGAGGGGCGGCGGUGGAGUUGUAGGGCGGAGGAAUUGA